GGAAAAAUUUUAUUGGCUGCUCCGUAGUACCAGCCGCCAUUAUGCGCAAUGGUUCACCUUUCUUAUUACAUCAUGGUCUAUGGCCGUGUUGGCUCCCUCUGGAGUCAGGAGCUAUUAACAGAAUAAUAUCAUCAUGGUCUCCAGUCUUCUUGGUGAUAGGUCUAUGGCCAGGAUCUAUGCUUACGUUACUCAGGAAGGUUAAGUUUGAUAAAUAACAACAUAACCUGUACACGCACGUCGCGCUGUCGAUUUGCAUAUUUUUGAAUUAUUUGUGUGAAUUUGAUGGCUUUUUCACAAUCGAACUCAAGAGAAUUGCAGAACAGAAAGAUCUUGGAGGAGCUGCAGCUGAAGAAGCAGAUGCUUCUGAAGCAAGGAGUCGCGCCGUCCUUAAACACAUCGUUGGGUGUCUCGUCGACCGGCUCUGCGUCAAAUAUAGCCGCAACGCAAUCAAAUGAUGGCGUAGCGAUGAGUGCGUCCCAAAGAGCGGCACUGCAUAAUGCGCACGCGGCUUCGUUCGGUUACUUCGUUACGCAAGACUCUUCCUUUGGUAAUCUGAUAUUACCGGUUCUCCCUCGAUUUGACAAUAAAUGAGCCCACCUCUC